AUGUACCCUGGGGUAACUCACUGCCUCGUACCCAGACAGGGAACCAACAAGCGUAGUGCCGGAGAGUGUAGGGGAGCCCUGCCCGACCUCUGGAGUACGCGGGCGGGGACUUCGAACCGUGAGCACUUCAUCGUCAUUACUGUCGAUGCCGCUGCUCAGCCACCUUUCGACGCUGAAGGAGCGCGGGAGGGCGUCACCCAUGAUCUCCCGGAGCCUUGCGAAGGAAACCGGAGGGAGUCGGAAGUGGAAGUACACGACGUACUUUCACCAGCACCGCCCGUGGACUUGACGCGGUUGAAGCUAUCAUUUCCAGGGAAGGUCGAAGUGGUCGAAGCCGAGCUCAAGCUGCUGGAGCUCCAGCCAGACGAUGAGGCAGCGGUAGAUGAAGGUGCUUCAGACCAGGAAGAGGAAUCCGCUGGUGCACCACUCUUGCUAGACCACAACGCAGAAGACGAAGACGAUGGUGCGCCACUCUUGCUAGACCACGACGCAGAGGACGAAGACGAUGGUGCGCCACUCUUGCUAGACCACGACGCAGAGGACGAAGACGAUGGUGCACCGCUCUUGCUAGACCAUGAUGCAGAGGACGAAGAUGAGGGUGCACCGCUCUUGCUAGACCACGACGCCGAGGACGAAGAUGAGGGUGCACCACUCUUGCUAGACCACGACGCCGAGGACGAAGACGAAGGUGCGCCGCUCUUGCUAGACGCCGUGGAAACAGACGCGGACUCAGACCAUGACUUGGCAGAUCCGGAGGCGGAGGUAGAGGCAUGCGAAGGUGCUACUGGCUUCCAUUUGGACUUUAUAGCUGCGAUAGAUGGUGCUCCCCAAGACGAGGAAGAUGUCGACGAAGACGAGGAACCAGUUGGUGUCGACCAGGUUGAGGAAGAGCUUGAGGCAGAUGAAGAACCGCCUGGGUGGGACCAAGUCGAGGAAGAGAUCGGGCUAGCGCUUGAAGAAGAGCUUGUAGCAGAUGAAGUACCACUAGGUACGGACCAUGUCGAGGAAGAGCUCGGGGUGGCACUCGAAGAAGACGACGAGUGA